UGUCAGAAAUGCUGGAAAAACGAAAUUUGAAAACAAUUCACCAAAGCGCGGCUUGCUGACUAAGAAACUGACAUAAAACAAGGAAAUAAACGGGUUAAUCCUUGACAUCCGAGUGAGUACUGGUGGCCCGCAUCCAAAUCCAUCCACAAUGUCCAGUUCCAAGCAUCGCAAGACGGCUAAAUCAUCGCGCGUUCCGCCGCAGGCCAAAGAAUAUAUCACCGAAUUGGCGGAUGAUCGCGAAUUGGAGCGAUUCAUGGCCUUCUCGUCGACGGCAAGUAGUGGAGCCAGCGGCAGCACCCACAGUUGUGCAUUGGGAGUGAUCAUGCAGCCAGGACUCGUCUCCACCGCCGCCCGGGAGCAUGGAUCUCGGCCAGAAUCGUGUCACAGGCGUCGCCUGAGGAGCAGGGAGUGUCCACUGGCCAAGGGAUCAUCGGAUGAGCAACUUCUGAACCUGCCUCCAUCAUCGCCACUCAGCAAGCCCGCUGUUUCCUUAGAAAUCCAGCCCAAAACCAGUGAAUACACCAUUAUACCCAUUGUACUGGACGACAACAAGCAGGCCAAUCAAACCAUGUCAUUAUCCGUGGAGGACCUGAGGACACCCACCAAAGAGAUGCAUACGAAGAAGACGCAGACGCCCGAGUCCGCCUUGAAGUGCCACAAGCGCCUGGAAUGGGAUCCCGCCGCCGAUGUGGGCUACUACAAGCGGGCGGUCUCGACCAGCAACAUCAGCACCCUGGAGCGAUCCGUUUUAGAGGAGUGCGGCUGGCGGCAGCCCAGCCUACUGCAGCAGCGAUCCGAGACGGACCUGGACAGACUGCAGCAGGAGGAGGCAUUGCCGGGGCAGGACAAGCCCACGCCACCGCCACUGGCCUCCAGCACUUUUGUCAAUCGCAGCGAUCGCCGCAAGCCCUUCAAACUGGGCUCAUUGGGCAGUUCCCUGGGAUCCAGGAAGGAUGAUUCGCCGGAGAAUAACCGGAGCAGCGAAAGGCAGGAUGAUUCUGGCUGCAGCUCUAGACAAAAGGUUUCUGGCAGCAUUUCAGGGAAGGAGCAGUCCUCCCCACGCAGCAGUUUCAGAAAAGAAGAUGCCACAAACAGCUCAAAACACAAAGAUAGCCACUUCCAAUCCAGAAAAGAGGAUAGCCAAGGCAGCUCUAAAAAAGAAGCUAACCAAAAAGACAGCUCCAGAAAAGACGAAGCUACCCAAAGCAGUUUAAGAAAAGAAGCUGCCCAAAGGGCUUGCUCCAGGAAAGAUGAAGCUACCCAAAGCAGUUUAAGAAAAGUCCAAGCUUCCCAAAACAGCUCUAGCAAAGAUGAAGCUACCCAAUGCAGUUACAGAAAAGAUCAAGCUUCGCAACACAGCUCCAGAAAUAUGGGAUCCCUAAGCCACAUUUCCAAAGAGGAAGACUCUCGAAACAGCACCAGAAAAGAUCAUAUAAGGUUUAGCUCCCGAGAUCUACAAGAUCCGCAGAACAGUUCCCGCCGAGAAUCGCUGAGUAGCUUGCGCAUGGAAUCACUUGGCAGUUACAGAAGAGACGACUCGAGGCUCAACUCGCAGAACAGCUCCAGAAUGGGAUCACAAGUCAGCUCAAGGCUGGGCGAAUCCCGAUCCAUUUCGCGGCGGGAGUCCCAAACCACGUCACUAUAUGGCAGUUCGGCGGCCAGCAGCUUCGAUUACCACAUCUACAUGGGUCAGGAGCAUGGCAUGGACAAGCCUGAGCAGCUGAACCAGCUGGAUAAGAAACAGCUGGAAAAGGAGCCACCAAAAAAAGAGCAGGCCAAGAAAAUUCAGCAGAAAGCAGAGGCUCAGGAACAGAAAGAUCAGCAGGCAAGGGAUCCAGAGCAGCAGAAGGAGCAGCUGGAGAAGACACAACAGGCACACAAGGAUCAACGGAGGAUUCAGCAGCAGGACAAGGACCAGAGAAAAGCUGAGCUGCGGGAAAGGGAGCGCGAACAGGAGCGUCAGUUCACGGCGGCCCAAUUCGAGAAGAUCCUGGGCAGUCGACGGCACGAGAACAAGGAGAAUCGGCAACCAGAAGCCAUUCCCUCCACAUCCUCCUCUUCGGUGGGUAUGGGAUCGGCAGGUGGUCCGCAAGGAGACCUGGAUCUGGGCAUCGAUUUGCUCUGCUCUCUGGUGAAAACGCGCAGUCUCAGCCAGGGUCAGCGAAAGAAACUGGUCAGGGACAUAGCCAGGCGCAUAUCCAGUCUGGAUUUGGCCGAAUCCGGCAGCAGUUUGCGCUCCCUGCGAAGCAAUCAAACUAGAGUGCCAACUCCUCUGCAGCGGCAAGAUGUGGCCACCAAUACCUCGAGAAGCUCGUCCAUCACCAUGCCUGUGCCCGCUCCCCGGAAGCUCGGAACAGGCGGCACACCUUCGCCACUGGCCGGCAGUUUCUCGGCCAGCGGCUCGACGACCAGUGCCUCCCACGAUGUCGUCACCCAGAAGACCAAUGUGCGGGAGGCGGCCUCCACGGACGCAGAUGCCGAACCCUCGGAUCUGCAAGAAUGGCUGAAUCCCAUGACCCAAAGCGAAAUCGAGUACGAGCGGCGUUUGAAAGGAGGCAUCGAUUCGGAGCGGCGGAACCAACUAAACUGGAUCGACUCGGAGAUUCGUCGGCUGCAGGCAUUGCAACAGCUGUUGGCCAGUGUCGGGGUCACAAUGCCAUGCCCAUCCGUGGACAAGGACCCGGCCUUGGCCAGCGAUAACUUGGAGUUGCCAAGUUUGGAGCGGCGCAAUGGGGGUCGGGAGCGGCCACAAGUUCACUUGCAAAAGGCAGCAACACCAGGCACUCCUUGUCCGCCAGUGAGAGUUGAAUCAGUUGGUGUGCCACUAAGGGAACUGCCACCUACUCCCUCGGCUUCUUCUCUUAGCACCUCAGAUCCAACAGCGCCAAAGCCACCGUCACCGCCACCACCACCAUUACCACCUCAUCUUGACCAGCAAAGAGCACAGCACCGCAAAAAGAUGGCCACUCCUGUGCUCAUUUCGAACAGCUCCUCCAGCGGCGGUGGUCGCAGCGAAAGCGUCUGCUCCUUUGUCCAGCAGAGGCAGCGACAGUUCCGCGAACACUACCAGAACCAGCAGCAGCAGCAGCAGUUGCUCUUGCUCAAGCAGCAGCAACUUUACCAGCAGCAACAGCAGCAGCAGCAGCAACUCUACAGGCAGCAGCAGCAGCAACAGCAAGGAUCUACCAUUCAUCACCAGCAAUUUCAGCAAUGUCAGCGGCAACAUUCGCAGCAAACACAACAUCAACAUCUGCAGCAACACGAAGCGCAGGAGCAGGAGUUGGAACAGGAUCAUCAGCAGCAGGAACAGGAAGAGGAGCAAUACAUGCAGAUGCAGUACGCUCAGGCGGCGGGCAGUGGUGCGUAUGCCACGUUGCCCCAUUGCCUGAGCGGCAGUGCGGGCUACAGUUGUGCAGACAAGGAGCAGGCCAUCUACUACCAGGUGGUCAACUCGCAGGAUGGAGCGGCCAGCUAUGUGCAGGCGGCCAUGGUGGCCACAAGCAACGAGGGAGUCACCACCACGACCAGUUCGUCAGCCUCGAUGAUGUGCAUCAGUUCGGAGAUGUCCAUACCCAUGGGCAGGGUGAAUACGUGCGAGACAACGACAACGACAACCACCACCCAUCAGUACGAUGAUGUGGCCUGUCGGCGGGCGACGGAAAGGCAAUCCAAGCCGGCGAGGCAUCGCCAUCGCCAUCGACAUUGCAAUUCGGCCGAGAGCAUCGGCAUGCAGCGACAGACGCUCCAAGUGCGUCCCCGUGGCAUCGCCUAUGUCAUCCAGUUCACGGCCACCGGCGACGGCGAAGUCCUGCCCGAAACGCGUUCCCUGCAGGACCAACUGCAGCUGGCGCGACCCGAGUUCUGUGCCAAGUCCAAGCAGCGCAAGGCCAUCCUCAACCAGAUGCAGAUGAUCCGCAAUAUGCGGCGACGCGAAAUGGACCAUCUGCUGGGCGAGAACAACAGCUUGGAGACGCUGGACAGGCGACUGCUGCAGCUGCCGCCUCCGGCCAUUUCUCGCUUAAGGAUAUUCUCCACCAGGGAAAUGAAGGCGAUGACCACCAAGCGAUGUCAGAGUUUGCCAGAAGUGUUGGCCGCUCAAAAUCGCGAGCAGGAGGAACGAAGGCGUCGCUGCAAUCGUCUGAUGCGAGAUGUCUUCAAUAAGCGCCUUCAAAAUCGCGUGGCCAAUGGACAGCUUUCGCUGAAUCACAGUAGGACAAUCAUCUAGCGAAGAUGGAUAUAAGAAUGCCACAAAUCAACUCAAAGGACACCAAAAGUACACAACCCACCAGUUUUAUUUUUUUUUUGCCAUUGCUAGGCUUUUUGUUUUGCAUAACACCUAAUCGUUUCAAAUUGUUAAACCUUUUAAUCAGGUUGAUUUAGUUAAUAGGAAAUGUUACAGUUUCUUUGGGUUACACUGUCACUAGUUAACUACUAACAUAAAUAUGUAUGUUUAUUUUAUGAAACCAGCAUUUAACUAAAUUUGUAAAGUUUUUUAAUCAAAUAAAAAUACCAUCACGGAUUUGACAAUGUUGUAAUUAGAAAGAUAUGAAAAAAGAACACCCGAUUCAAAUUGCCUUUGUAGUGUGACCAUACUCAUAUAUUUUAAAUAGUGUGGAUUUGUGAUUCUUCAAUAUACGGUCACACAGUUUGCCGCCAAAUU